AAUUCGAGCUGCUUGCGGCUGUGACUCUAAUGGCAUUCAUCGACGCCGACAAGCUGAGCUAUGAGAUCUUUUCCUUCCUCGAGAGCAAGUUCCUCUUCGCCUCCUCCACCGCCGCAUCACUGGAGAAGUCCGGUGGCUCUGGUGGAAGGAUUCGCGUCCUGUCCAUCGACGGCGGAGACCGCCCCUCCGACGUCCUCCUCGCAGCCGCCGCCCUCGAUCGGCUCGAAUCUUCCCUCCGCCGCCAUACAGGCGAGCCAUCCGCCCGAGUUGCCGACCUCUUCGACGUCGCUGCCGGAUCGGGCGCCGGAGGCGUCCUCGCCGCCAUGCUCUUCACGAGGGGCCACGACGGACUCCCUCUCUUCUCGGCCGCCGACGCGCUCCGCCUCCUCGUGUCCGAGAGCCGCCGCCGUCGCGGCCGCGGCUUCGCCUCCUCCCGCGGCGGCCUCUUCCGCGGGGUCUUCCGCCGGCCGGGCGGCUUCUUCCGCCGUGUGUUCGGGGACGCGACCCUGAGGGACGCCAUCAAGCCGAUACUGAUCCCGUGCUACGACCUUGCGACGGGGGCGCCAUUCCUCUUCUCGCGGACCGACGCCGUGGAGGCGGACGGGUUCGACUUCCGGAUGUGGGAGGCGUGCGCCGCCACCUGCGCUGACUCUGCCCCAGUCGAGAUGCAGUCCGUGGACGGACGGACGCGGGUGGCAGCGGUAGGCGGCGGAGUCGCUAUGGCCAAUCCUACCGCCGCCGCCAUCACGCACGUUCUGCACAACAAGCAGGAGUUCCCUUUCGCCGAAGGAAUGGCGGGCCUCCUCGUACUUUCUCUCGGCACCGCCCCUACUGAACCCUCCCCAAUCGGAGCGGCAGAACUCCUCAGGAUCGCCGCCGAGGGCGUCGCCGACAUGGUGGAUCAAGCUGUGGCCAUGGCAUUCGGACACUGCAGGGCGAAUAAUUACAUUCGCAUCCAGGCCAAUAAUUUAAUGUCCGGAAAUUGCACGCCGACUAACUUCAUGCGAACGGCCGAAGACAUUCUCUCACAGAGAAAUGUGGAGUCAUUGCUCUUCAGAGGAAAAAAGCUCUCCGAGCAGAGCAACGCCGACAAGCUCGACCGCUUCGGGAUGGAGUUGAUGAUGGAAGAGGAGAGGAGGAAGAAGAGCCCGAUCCCGGUUGUGGUGAUCAAGCAAGCGAUGACACCGCGGACAUCGUCGGCGACCACCAUCACCACAACCGUCGCCACCACUGCCACCACGAUGUCACCGGUCCACUGAAAGAGUGUACUCUUGAUGAAUUAGCUAGUUCUUAGAUGUGCAUGCAUGUUCCAUGUUAUUGCUAUGGAACUUUUUUUUUUUUUUGAGUUUAUUUGGAGAGAAUUGACAAGCAUGGGAGACGAAAUCAAGUUUGGUGUUUGUCUAAAUUAUUAGCGUGGCCAUUGUCUAAUUAAUGUUACUUCAAUGAGCAAUAUAUCAUUUCACUA